UACGUUGGACUCUCCAUUAUCGACGUUUAGAAGAAAUUCUCUUGAAGUAUCGGGCUAUUCUUUUAGGUGGGUGUUAUUUGAAUUGGUCCCUUGUCUGUUAUUGACUUUGUGGGGUCUAGUGGAGCACAACUGUGGUACAGUAAAAGCAUUGUCAAAGCAUUAUCAUUUCCUAAGUCUAGGUGAUGUCUCUUGGUGGGAUUAUCCUCUUGAGACUGUGUAA